AUGGGAGGUUCGUCAUCUACUCCAUCUACUCCGUAUACCCCACCUACACCGUCUAUCCCUACAGGUGAAUGCCUGAGGAUUGUGCUGAUUGGAAAGAGUGGAGUGGGGAAGAGUGCUGUGGGGAACACCAUUCUGGGGAGACAAGAGUUUACCUCACAGUCGUCUGCCAACUCUGUCACAGACACUUGUGACAGAAGGAGUGUGCUUAAUCCCAGAGAAAUUGAGGUGAUUGAUACACCGGGUGUUUUACACUCUGACAGAGCUGCAGAUGAUGUCAAAAGAGAGAUAGUGAAGUGCAUUCAAUACUCAAGUCCAGGGCCCCACGCAUUCCUGCUGGUGAUUCAGGUGGGCCGCUUCACUAAGGAGGAGCAGAAUGCAGUCAGGGCCUUACAGGAGCUCUUUGGGGAAAAGUCUGCAGACUACAUGAUUGUCCUGUUAACUCAUGGUGAUGAACUUGGGCGUCAGACUAUCAGUGACUAUGUGGCCCAUUGUCACCCCAAACUUCAGUCAGUGAUACAGAACUGUGGUGGACGAUACCAUGUAUUUAACAACAACAGCACUGACCGCACUCAGGUUGUUGAGCUGGUAAAGAAAAUAGAUGACAUGGUGAGAGCAAAUGGGGGAAGUUACUUCACUGAGGAGAUGUACGAACAGACACAGAGGUGACAGAAAAAAACUAUCUAGUGGCUCAUUUGAGUUAGACAGACCUUGGUUCUGACUGAAGACUGAAGAUAAUUUGAUCGUGCAUCAAGUGAUUCUGUAACAUGGUUGGGCAUCUUAGGUGGUUAUGGAAAGGUAUUGUGAUAUUGAUUUAAGACUAUGGUAAUCCACUUACUGAAAAACAUUUCUGACAUUUUCAUUGUUCUGCAAUACCCAAUUACAUUUUUCAUAGCUGUUUUUUUUACAUUUUAAUUAAUUUUACUCUGUAGAUUAUUUUGUUGUAUGACUGUGUUUAAUUAAGUUGUUUAAGAUAACUUGUUGAUGGUGACUCAGGUGGUGUUUUGGUAUCCAAAUGUUCCAAUGAGCUAAUGAUGACUGUGAAAUACUUUAAAGUCAUCAUAGGUUGCUUGUUUGAUACAAGUGUUUCAUAUGUGUAGUUCUGUUUUUAGAAUUUCUUCAAUCUUUUUCUCUGUAAUGCAUUUUCUUCCAUUUAUAUUGAACAAAUUCUUUAAAAAUAUACUGACUGUACUGGAUGUGCUAUUGAGAGAAAAAUAUCAGCUACCUCUCACUGUCAAUAGCACAUCCAGCUUCAUCAUGUAGCAUGUCACUGUGACUAAAGUAAACUCACAUUGAUCCAGCUUCAUCAUGUAGCAUGUCACUGUCUAAAAUGCCUGUUACUGUAACAACCCUCAGUUGUCUAAAUAUAUUUCAGUUUGUUGA